CGGGUUCGGGGUCGCGGGUUCGGAAAGGAUCGGAACCGAUCGGAACCGAUCGGAAAGGAUCGGAACCAUGAUGGGAAGGAGCCGAGGAGGAGGGACGGAGCGGGGAGAGCCCCGGGGGUAAAGGCAGCAGGUCUGCCCUUGUCCUACGAUGGACAGGCUGCUCGUCUGCCUGCUGGUUGUCAGCGCGACGGUGAAGGCCAUGCUGUGCCCCAAGCGUUGCAUGUGUCAGAAUCUAUCCCCAUCCUUCACCAUCCUCUGCACCAAAACCGGGCUCCUCUUCGUACCCCCCAGCAUCGACCGGAGGACGGCGGAGUUGAGGUUAAUGGAUAAUUUCAUCACCACGUUACGGAGGAAGGAUUUCGCCAACAUGACCAACCUCAUCCACUUGACUCUAUCCAGGAACACCAUCAGUCAGAUCAUGCCUUACGCCUUCUUCGAUCUUAAAGGCCUCCAUGCUUUACACCUGGAUAGCAACAGGUUGACCUACAUCAACGAGGAUCACUUCAAAGGGUUAAUUAACCUCCGCCAUUUGAUCCUCAGCAACAACCAGUUGAGUUACAUCUCUCCGGGUUCGUUGGAUGAUUUCAUCGAGACCAUCGAGGAUCUGGAUCUGUCCUACAACAACCUGGUCAACGUCCCAUGGGAAACGGUGGCCAAGCUUUCCAACGUCAACACGGUCAGCUUGGAUCACAACCUCAUCGAGUUCGUCCCCGAAGGGAUCUUCUCUAACCUACACAAGUUGGCUCGCUUGGAUAUGACCUCCAAUAAACUAAAGAAGAUCCCUCCAGAUCCUCUUUUUUCCAGGAUCCCCGUCUAUGCUAAAUCCAAAGGGUCCCCGUUGACCUCGUUGGUAUUGAGUUUUGGGGGAAAUCCUUUGCAUUGUAACUGUGAGUUGGUUUGGUUGAGGCGUCUGACCAGGGAGGAUGAUUUAGAGACUUGCGCUUCACCUCCGGAAUUAAUGGGGAAAUACUUUUGGUCUAUUAAAGAAGAAGAAUUCGUCUGCGAGCCCCCCAUGAUCACACACCGCACCCCCAAAGUGGCUGUGAACGAAGGGCAGAGCGUCUCCUUAAAGUGUAAAGCUGUGGGUGACCCCGACCCCUACGUACGUUGGAUCGCCCCCGAUGGGAAGCUGGUAUCCAACACCUCCAAGACGACGUCGUAUGAGAACGGGACCUUGGAUAUCACGGGGGUUUCGUUGGGUGAUAAAGGGAUAUUUACUUGUAUCGCAUCCAACGCUGCCGGCGAAUCGACGGCGCCGGUUGAGUUGGUGGUGAUGCCGUAUCCCAACUUGGCCAACAGCACCAACUGCGAGAAGGAGGCGGAGAACGGCCCUUCUGAUAUCCUCAUAUCAGCCAAAUCCAGCUUCCCCAAUGAGACUAAAGGGACUCAAGAGAAAGGGGUGGUGGUGGGGGAGCUGACGUCGUCCUCCGCGCUCAUCCAAUGGCCGUCGCAGCAGCAUCUGCCUGGGAUCAGGAUGUUCCAGAUUCAAUAUAACAGCUCUUCGGAUGAGAUCCUCGUCUACAGGAUGAUCCCAGCUGCUAGUAAAUCCUUCUUCUUGACUGAUCUGGUUGCAGGACGUGAAUACGACCUUUGCGUCCUGGCCGUGUACGACGACGGACUGACAUCUCUGACCGCAACCAGGGUGAUCGGCUGCGUUCAAUUCACCACCCAAGAGGAAUACAAGCAAUGCAGGUCCCUCCACGCUCAGUUCCUCGGGGGUACCAUGAUCAUCAUCAUCGGGGGCAUCAUCGUGGCGUCGGUGCUCGUCUUCAUUUUCAUCCUCCUGAUGAAAUACAAAGUGUACAACAACCACCACAAGAACAAAGCGGCCAAAGUCAGCAACGUUUGCUCUCAAACCAACGGGAGCCACGGAGGUUCGAUGGCUCGUUCCACCUCGAAGCUCAACGAAGGAUCCCACCAAGAACCUUCGACAUCCUCCAGCAAAGGGAAAACCGUGUUGGACUCGGAUUGUGACAAAGUGACUCCUCCAACUCACACCACCUUCCUAACAACGGAUGCGUUAUCCUAACAGCCCCACACACUAUCCAACCCACCCACCUUCCCAAGCCCCCCAACCCAACCCCCCAAAUUGGGCACCAAGGAUUCAUUGAAUGGAUGAGUUUGUACAUUGGAAGACUCAAUGGGUCAACAGCAAUGGUGGAGCUGUCCACUGCGGUGGUGCUGAUUUAGAUGGAGCUGUCCACUGUAGUGGUGCUGAUUUGAAUGGAGCUGUCCACUGUAGUAGUGCUGAUCUGAAUGGAGCUGUCCACCGCUGUGGUGCUGAUCUGAAUGGAGCUGUCCACAGCUGUGGUGCUGAUUUGAAUGGAGCUGUCCACUGUACUAGUGCUGAUCUGAAUGGAGCUGUCCACUGCGGUGGUGCUGAUCUGAAUGGAGCUGUCCACUGUAGUAGUGCUGAUCUGAAUGGAGCUGUCCACUGCAGUGGUGCUGAUUGGGAUGGAGCUGUCCACUGCAGUGGUGCUGAUUGGGAUGGAGCUGUCCACUUCAGUGGUGCUGAUUUUGAGCUGUCCACUGUAGUAGUACUGAUUUGGAUGGAGCUGUCCACUGUAGUGGUGCUGAUUUGGAGCUGUCCACUGCGAUGGUGCUGAUCUGAAUGGAGCUGUCCACUGUAGUGGUGCUGAUUUGAAUGGAGCUGUCCACAUCUGUGGUGCUGAUCUGAAUGGAGCUGUCCACUGUAGUAGUGCUGAUUUGGAUGGAGCUGUCCACUGUAGUGGUGCUGAUUUGGAGCUGUCCACUGUAGUAGUGCUGAUCUGAAUGGAGCUGUCCACUGAAGUGGUGCUGAUCUGAAUGGAGCUGUCCACUUCAGUGGUGCUGAUUUUGAGCUGUCCACUGUAGUAGUACUGAUUUGGAUGGAGCUGUCCACUGUAGUGGUGCUGAUCUGAAUGGAGCUGUCCAGUGCUGUGGUGCUGAUUUGAAUGGAGCUGUCCACUACAGUGGUGCUGAUCUGAAUGGAGCUGUCCACAGCAGUGGUGCUGAUCUGAAUGGAGCUGUCCACUGUAGUAGUGCUGAUUUGGAAGGAGCUGUCACUUCAGU